AUGGCAUCAACAACAACGACAUCAACAUCCACCACUACAUCAGUCACCGCACCAACCAAUACCAGGACCUUCGACGAUCCCUCGUCGUCGCCACCACGAUCACUCGGUGACGGAUCGUCAUCAUCCUCGGUCUCACAUCUCUUUGCCAUCACCCCACACGAUCACAAGCUUCUCCAGGAAUGGGCAUGGAGACCGUCUGGAGGAUGGACUAUUACGGCGCUUUUCAUUGCAAUCCAGCUUUUCGAUUCGGUCAAGACCAGGAUGCAGACGCACUCGUACAAAUCGAUCAUGGAUUGUGUCCGGAAGACUUAUGCAGAGGAGCGGCUAGGUGGUUUCUUCCGAGGCAUGAUCCCACCCUUGAUCACAGUGUCAAUCAUCAAGUCAAUCUCAUUCUCGGUCUACGAAGGGUCUAAACAACAAAUCAGGAGCGUCUCAGAGACAUUACAGGGCAACACGAUCCCCUCGCUGAUCGGCCUGACGUUUAUUUCGGGAAGUGUUGCAGGAACCGUGGUGGCCAUGAUGUCGAGUCCUCUGGAGUUGGUCAAGCUGCAGCGGCAAUUGGAGAAGCUGAUGGCUAUGCAUGCAAGGAAGGAGGCUCAGAUCACGUCGCUAACGGGAGAUGCGCUCCUGAGAGAGGGUUUGGCUAUGGAGAAGAAGAAGGGUGCAGCCACUGCUGUUGAAGGAGCAGGAAGAUUAGCUUCUUCGGCGGUGGUGGCUGCCAAGGUGGAGAGACACUCGCAUGGAUCAAUUACACAGUAUGGAGUGCCUCCCAAGGAGGAGGCAGGGAACUCGAGUUGGAAGACUACCAAAGCGAUUGUACAGAAGAAAGGAAUUGUUGGACUGUACAAGGGAGCGAGUCUGCAGAUUACGCGUGAUUUGCUCGGUACUGGAAUCUACUUUUCGAGUUACGAGACUAUCAAACGGCUCAUGUCUGAGACGAUUGAGCAUGUUAGGCCACACCACCAUACAGCUGCCGCACCAGGAACCACGGGUACAACGACAACAACGACACUCAAGGGACCAGGACCGAUGGUUCAUUUCUUUGCGGGAGGACUCUGUGGCGUGUUCUCGUGGCUGGUAGUCUUCCCGAUCGAUCUUGUCAAGAGCGUGGUCCAGAAGGAGGUUCUCGCAACACAUCCAAAGUACUCGGGGGCACUGGACUGUGCCAAGGAUAUUGUCCGCCGGGAGGGAAUCAGGGGUCUGUACCGUGGUCUAAGCGUGACCUGUUACCGAGCGAUGCCGAUCCAUUCAUUGAACUUUUUAGUCUAUGAAGCUGUCAUGGAUUAUGUCAAGAAUUGGUCUGGACAUGCAAACGACCCUUCUCCCAUUGGCAAUCUUGGCUCUACUGGAUCUCGGUGA